UCUCUCGCGAGUCGCGCAGAAAACGGCCACCGCUUCGCGCCUCAGUAUCGUCCCGUAUCUAGGCCCGAUCCAGUCAUGAUUUAUCUCGCCAGCUCUUAGGGCAGAGCUCGGCUCAUCUCGGUCAGGCUUUUUUUGUGUUGCUGCUGCUGCUGCUGCUGCUGUGGCGAAAAUGGCGGCAGACGAAAAAUUAAUAUUCUCCAAAAUAGUGCAGCACUUGGCGAGAUCUCUGGCUGCCAUAAAGAACACGCCCUGGGAGAAGGUGAACUGGCUGUUCAAGAGAUGUCCCCAAGACUCGGGAGGUGUGUUUCGCUUGGACCAGAGAGGCCAGGAUGCAACUGUGGCUCUGGGGAUAUACUUCCUGGAGUCAGAUCUACAGCACAGAGAUCGCAUAUUGCCUUAUCUGCUCAAGCUCUUGCGGGGCUUGCCCAAAGCUAUCUGGCUGGAUGAGGCUCCCUGUUUGUUGUUGGGCAGAGUGCCUGUCGCUGAGCGGUUCAGCUUCUGUUUGAACACUCUGCUGAGCGACAUAGCUGCUAGAUGCGAACCAGCCAGGGAGGAAAUCAUCGCCACGCAAGUCGAGAUACUGGCAGUGUUGUCUAAUCUUGUCAGAGGAUGCAUUGACCAGAAUAAUGGAAGAGGAAUGCAAGCAAAGUUGACUCUGUGCAAGUGUCUAGUUCCUGUACUGAUAGGUCUAGCGAGAUCGAUGGGUCGCUUCGCAUGUGAAGGUCCACCUCUGCUUUGUAGAAUUUUUCCACGUCCAGAGCCACCAAUACCGAAGUGCAAAACAGAAAGUCAUCCUUUACCCGACAAGAAGCAGCACAGCUUUUGUAAUUUCAGAUCAAUUAUUCCACGUUCUCUAAGUGGUGAUCUUAACCCACGAUUAAGCACUGGCACAGGACAGACUUCCUUCCCACAGGCAAAUGAGAACAAUAGCGCGAAACGACCCUUGUUGAAGUCAUACCUUUCAGUGCCCUAUGAUCCAACUCAUUACUUUUUCAAUAGAUACGGAUCUAGUUUUAACCAGUUUCCACAGAUGCGGUGCAAUGAGAGUACGCAAGGCAAAGCAGGCCUCCAGUUUAGUGUUGUACAUUUGCAAAGUGUCCUAGCGUUGGCUAAAAAAUUGCUCACCAAAGAGACUCUGUCCUUCCUUGAUGAGGAGGCUCAGCAGGUUUACCAGUCACGACAAGUGCAAAUAUUCCCAUACCCCACCUUCAGCGAGACAAUGAACCUAGUGAUGGUAGCUCUUUUGCGUGAACUUCUUCAAGGUCAACGAGACCUUCCUGCUCCCUUCACCAAAGACGUGCAAGAGUUCAUGAAGGGCCUCUUUCUGUCUGGUCAAACAGAGCUUCAGUCGAGACAGCAACAUGACGUCAGUGAACGGGAGGAUAUGGAUACUGACUUCAAAACUGUAAAUCGGUUUAAGAUGAACGUCAUGGCCAAUUCAGCUUGUGUGGAUAUCCUCGUCUGGGCGAUUGGAGACGAAACAGGAGCUGACAGUUUGUGCAGUCGGCUAACGGAAAAGAUUUAUUCAAACUACAGUCACAAGUUGGUUUUAGCACAUAUGCCAUUGCUGAUGGUCUGUCUCGAUGGCCUGGGCAAACUAGCUCAAAAGUUUCCCAAUAUUGCCAGCACAUCGAUCUACAAUCUUCGCGACUUCCUAGUCACGCCUUCUCCUAUACUGCUGAAACUUUACAAGCAGUGUUAUGAGAACUCGUCAAAAAGUCACUUUAAAAUUUCCACUGGUAAAGAGGCAGUAAAAGCUUUCGCAAAGGAGAAAGCGAGCCCCAGUGAAAUGGCUUUUGAAACCCUAAGGGAUGCGGCCAUCAGAAAUCUCUGCAUCGCUUUGGAAGCCGCUUACUCCGUGGAUUCUGAUUGUGUGCCCGCACUAGUUGCCAGUGUAUCGAAUCGAUUGUUCACCGCCGAGAUAAAUGACAGCGACAAUGACGAAGGAUUAACGAGUGACCUGAUCUCUACUAAUAUCGUGAUAAUGAUGGGUCACGUAGCUGUAGCCCUAAAGAACAAACCAAAGUCCACCCGACCAAUUCUACAGUUCUUCCAACAGCGAUUCUGCCACACGCCGAGUCGACCUGACCUGGACACGCUUAUUGUUGAUCAACUCGGCUGUAUGGUUAUUGCAAAAUGUGAAACCAAGGUACACGAGGAGAUCAUGCGCAUGUUCUCACAUACACUAGCUUCGAACGACGAUCGCAAGCAGUACAGACACGUCUGCGGUGCUGUAACUAAUGCCCUGGCAAAUAUAUCUGCUAAUUUGGAAGGAGAAAACGAGCUGAACAAUUUGUUGCUCAGAUUAUUAGAGCUGUUCGUGCAACUUGGGCUUGAGGAUAAGCGGACAGUGGAUAAGAGUGGCAGCAACGUUAGUACGAGUUCACGUAACAAUGCCGGCAAUCUGGGUGUCCUGAUUCCCGUGAUAGCGAUCCUGCUUCGACGUCUGCCACCGAUUCGACAGCCCCGUCAGCGAGUGUUCAAGCUCUUUAAGGACUUCUGGCUCUACUGCGUCAUUCUUGGUUUCGCUUCAGACUCGCGCUCUCGACUGUGGCCCGCUGAUUGGCACGAGGGUGUGAAAGAAAUUGCUGUUAAGUCCCCGUAUUUGGUUUCACCCGAUACAAAUACGAGGAUCGAGAUGAGAGAAUUGCAGUACACGUCGGCCGUGAGGAACGAGUGCGUGAGCAUCACCGAGCUGCAGGAGUUGAGAAGCCAAAUACUUAAGAUGAACAAUAGAUCAAGCGAAAUUGCAGCCUACGUAGCAAAGCUCCAAUUCGCGCAGUGCACCUACCUACUCUCCGUCUACUGGCUCGAGACCCUCCGCGUAGCCAACAGCCCUGAGCCCAGUCUCCAGCCUAUAAUGGAAUAUUUAAGCGAUACCGAGCUCCAGAAAGACAAGAACGGUAUGUGGCAGUGCAUUUGCAGCGUUGGCGAUUCCGUCUUCGCCAAGUUCAAAGACGUGAUGCAACGUAAACCACGAAAUGAGCAACGUGAACGCGAGCUCGAGAGUCAUGCUCAGUUCCUCCUUGUCAAUUUCAACAACGUCCACAAGCAGAUAAGACGCGUUGCUGACAAGUAUCUCAGUGCUCUUGUCGAUGCUUUUCCGCAUUUACUGUGGAACUGCAGGGUACUUUGGUGUAUGCUGGAUAUACUCCAGUUAUUGUCAUUAUCGCUGCAGCUCGAUCCCAACGAAGAAACGCCUGUGCUGAAAGUUCCUGAUACCCCUUAUAGUAUUCAGCUUAUGGAGAAUCUUGAUGCCAGGGAGACUAUCGUAAAGGACUUUACAGCCAGAUGCAAAGGUAUCGUACAAGAAGCCAUGAAAUGGGCGCCUCAAGCAACUAGGUCUCAUCUGCAGGAGUAUAUAAAGCAAUUGCAGUCCUCCGAAAUGUACCACCAGUCAGGUUUAGCUUUGGCCACCGAUUCUGUUCUCGAGCUCGUGGAACUCUCUAGUGGCGGCCCUAGUCUUGGCCCGCAAAGUACAAGCUCGUUAGACAAACGCCCUCGUGCCAAGGAUGCGAAUUCCUGGCUAUUGUCAAUGAUGACAACGCGCUCAUGGUACGCUGGAGAAGUCGCGGGUAUGUUGAAUCUUGUGCGAGGUGAGUCACCUACCGAAUCUGACAGCAUGAAAGCUCUGGUCAACCGACUAGUCGAAGAAAUAUUGCGGGCAUGUCGUAAUCGAGAUGACAACGAGCAUCGCAGAGCGCUGUGGAGAGCCACUGCUCUAUUGAUAUCUAUACCUGGUCUAAACCGAAAGCUCCUCCACACUGUAGCCUGCUCACAGCUCGAGCUCUUCACGAAGCCAGCCAUGCGUACGGCAGUAGAGUGCUGGCAGUGGUUGUUAACUGCUCGGCCAGACCUCAAACUUCGCUUUUUGCAAGAAAUGUUAGCUGCCUGGCAGUACACGGUAGACAAGCGCAUGGGCCUUUUCGCCAUCGACGAGGAACAAGUUAGCCCACUAGCCGUCCACGAGGGUUGCAAACUAGGCCCUAAGUCUCCUGUGGUGCAACCUCACGAGAUUUGGGUAUCGUUCAUCGUAGACUUGAUCGAAACCGCCAAGUACUGUUGUCAGGAGAGCGUAGAGAUGGUAGCUCUGCUACUUCAACGCUCACUGCCGAUGAACGUCGGUGCUGUUAGCGAUGAAGAACCUCGACUCAGCCGUCAUGUUGCCGCGGUCGGGGCUAGAUUCAAGCUUCUCUCUUGUGGACUCUUAUUGUUGCAAGGGGAUGUGCUACCAAGCUCAUUGAGCAAGAACGUGCUCAGACAGAGGGUUUAUUGCAACUGCUUAGACUACUUCUGUAGAGAAAGACAGAGUCCCUGUCAGGAACCCGAGCAGCUGAGGGAGGACAUUAACACUCUCAUGAGGUUCUGGCAGGUGAUGCACAGCGAAAAGAAGUACCUGAUGAUGUCGAACGGGGAGGCCGAACUAGAGUUGUUAAGGCAGCCUCCGAUUCAUGAUUCUUUAGGUUCGUCGUCCUCGAGUGCGAUUAACACUUUUCCACUGUCGGCGAGUAGUAAUACGCUUAGCAAGAGAAGCAAUCGAAGUAAAAGGGUUGUUAACGCUACUGUUUACGUGAAAGAUUAUAUCAGGAAGAGGAAUCUCAUUCUGGAAUUGUUAGCUGUUGAAAUUGAAUUUUUAUUGGUCUGGGCAAACCCAGGUUGCAGACAGGACCUUGCAGUACCGGGCGAACAGAGCAUAGCCGAGUGGCGCGCUAAGUCCAUGAACGAGCGUUGGCGCGACUAUACGAGACUUGCUUGGGAGAUUAGUCCUGUUCUUGCUGUGUUCUUACCUGUUCGUCUGAAGAAUUCGGACACUAUUAUUCGUGAAGUCUGCAGACUUGUGCAGCUUCAACCAGUACCUGCAAUGCAUGUGCCUGAAGCUUUACAAUAUCUUGUUACUACUGAAACUCUGUUGAAUGAUGCACCCAAGCUCGUAUAUAUGUUGACAUGGGCGAGGUGUUCACCGAUCCAAGCUCUAGCCUACUUCUCUAGGCAGUUUCCUCAUCACCCCGUUUCUGCUCAAUUCGCAAUCAACGUGCUGGAAAGUUACCCUCCCGAUGCCGUAUUAUUUUACAUACCUCAGUUGGUGCAAGCGCUCAGGCACGACUCGAUGGGGUAUGUCACAGAAUUCAUCAAGGCAAUCGCUAAACGAUCACAGGUUGUAGCACACCAGCUGAUCUGGAACAUGCACACGAACAUGUACAUGGACGAGGAUAAGCAGGUGAAGGACCCGAACCUCUUCGACACUCUCGACGCUCUCGUCAAGAACAUUGUAGGCGCUCUCUCAGGUCCAGCCAAAAAGUUCUACGAGCGCGAGUUCGACUUUUUCGAAAAAAUUACGAGCAUCUCCGGCGAGAUCAGACCGUUCCCGAAGGGUCCGGAGCGUAAACAGGCCUGUCUCACGGCCCUUAGGAAAAUAACUGUACAGCCUGGCUGUUACCUGCCCUCCAAUCCCGAGGCCAUGGUUAUCGACAUCGACUACGACAGCGGAACACCCAUGCAGAGUGCAGCUAAGGCACCGUUCUUAGCCAGAUUUAAAGUGCAGAAGUAUGGAAUCAAAGAGCUGGAAAAUAUCGCUUUGGCUGUGUCGGCUAACGGAAAUGUCGAGGUGAGGAGUUCUGGAUUAGAGACGUGGCAGGCUGCUAUUUUCAAAGUCGGUGAUGACGUCAGGCAGGAUAUGCUUGCACUGCAAGUCAUCAGUAUUUUCAAACACGUAUUUGAGCAAGUCGGUUUGAACCUGUUUUUGUUCCCUUACAGAGUUGUCGCCACUGCACCAGGUUGUGGCGUUAUUGAAUGUGUACCUAAAGCAAAAUCGCGUGACCAGCUGGGACGUCAGACCGACUAUGGUCUAAAAGAAUAUUUACUAUCCAUCUAUGGUGACGAAACGUCAAAGGCGUUCCAGAACGUUAGGAGGAACUUUGUCAAGUCUAUGGCAGCCUACAGCGUAAUCACGUACCUAUUGCAAAUCAAGGAUAGGCACAACGGAAAUAUCAUGAUCGACGAAGAAGGACAUAUCAUUCACAUUGAUUUCGGCUUCAUGUUCGAGAGUUCGCCUGGUGGAAAUCUAGGCUUUGAGCCCGACAUUAAGCUCACGAACGAGAUGGUACUAGUCAUGGGUGGUAAUAUGGAGGCAGCACCGUUCAGGUGGUUCAUGGAGCUCUGCGUACAAGCGUUCCUCGCGAUAAGGCCGUACCAAGAGGCGAUCAUUUCCCUGGUCUCACUGAUGCUGGACACUGGGUUGCCCUGCUUCCGAGGUCAAACCAUCAAGCUGCUGCGAAGUCGAUUCGCACCGAUGGCCAGCGACCGAGAAGCGGCAGCUUUCAUGCUGAACGUUAUCAGAAACAGCUAUCAGAAUAUCCGCACGAUUACGUACGACAUGAUACAGUAUUACCAAAAUCAAAUUCCGUAUUAAACGCAAGAGAACUGGCGUGAAAUAUUGUAUAAUUAUAUAAUACAUAUAAUACAAUGAAUUAUACCGGAGCCGCGUUUUUCUCGGAUACCUAAUUUAUUAUACAUAAAGUGAUUAAACUAAAAUGAGAAAAAAAUGCAAAUGAAAUAUAUUAAUGUUGUUGGGAAUAUGUCAAGAUUUUACAUUUUUUCGUGACAAUCUGGGUGUUGAUGUGCUUCGGAUCGGCAUUUAUUUGCCUAUUUGACUUGCAUAUGUAAUUUAUGUAUUUAGUGAAUGGAGUACUUAAUAAGAUGUAACAUUCCUUCUUGUUAAGAUAAUUUGUGAACUGUUGCUGGUUAAAGAUUAUAAAUAUAAAUUAUUUAAAUAAAAUCUGUAAAUUUUCAUUAUUAAUCAUAGGAAUAAGGUACACAUAUGAGAUGGAGUAAAUAAGGCAUUUACUUUCCCCAGAAAUGUUUAUUUCACUUUCGCCUAUACAAUAUAGAAAUCCAAUGACGGGUGGAGAUCGAAAGAGAAUUUUAACUCUAGUUUAGAACUUUCGUUCAAAUCUUUCGUUUUUCAUGAAUCGCUAAAUAAUUUGCAAUCGAUGUUUGCGUGACAAGGUCCAACAUUUGCAAAAAAAAAAAAAAAAAAUGAAAAAGAAUUAAGUUUUCCGUAUUUGUUUUUCUUUCGCGACA